AUGGGUGACGGCGUCUCCAACGUGACCCCGGUCACGGAGUUCCUGCUGCUGGGGCUCCCCGAGGACAGGGCGCUGCAGAGGCUCUGCGCCAGCGUCUUCCUCCUGACGUACCUGGCCGCCGUCGCGGGCAACCUGCUCAUCGUGGCCCUCACCUCCGCGGACCAGCGCCUGCAGACCCCCAUGUACUUCUUCCUCAAGAACCUGUCGCUGGUUGACAUCUGCUUCAUCUCCACCACCGUGCCCAAGUCCGUGGCCAACACGCUGACCAGCGGCCCGGCCAUCUCCUUCCGGGGCUGCGCCGCGCAGGUCUUCCUGGUGAUCGCCUUCGCGGGCUCGGAGUUCGCGCUGCUGCUGGCGAUGUCCUACGACCGCUACGCCGCCAUCUGCCGCCCGCUGCACUACGGGGUCCUCAUGAGCAGGGCCGCCUGCGUGCGGAUGGCGGCGGCUUCCUGGCUCAGUGGUUGCGUCUAUGGCUCCCUGCACGCGGCGGGGACCCUGUCCAUGCGCUUCUGCGGGUCCAACAUCGUGCACCAGUUCUUCUGCGACGUCCCCUCGCUGCUCGCGCUCGCCUGUCCCGGGGAGCAGAGGCUGGAAUACACCUUCCUCGUGGGCAGUUGUGGUUUCUCUUUUGUGUGUUUCCUUUUAAUGGUCGUGUCCUACGCUCACAUUUUCUCCACUGUCCUGAGGAUUCCGUCCACCCAGGGGAGAUUCAAGACCUUCUCCACCUGCCUGCCCCACCUCUCGGUGGUGACCCUGUUCCUCUCCUCAGGAUUUAUCGCAUAUUUAGGUUCAGCUUCAAAAUCCCCUUCUUCCCUGAACCUCUUCAUCUCUGCGCUGUACUCGCUGCUGCCCCCCAGCCUGAACCCCGUCAUCUACAGUCUGAGGAACAAGGACAUGAAAGUGGCCCUUAGCAAAAUUUUUGGUGAAAAGAAUGACACUGAGAUCUAA